UGUGACGACGCAAUCGUAGUCUUGAGUUCUUGAGGAGCUUAGCAAAGCGAACCAAAGAAAAGCUUUAUCGGAACGAUUUCGCGUUUUUGGGGGAGGGAAAAUGGCGUCCGAGCUCCAGCAAUUGAGGUUCGACCCACCCCAAUCCAACGCAUCCGAUGAAUCCUCUGCCAGGGAUGAUCGCCCAUUGUUGAACCCCGAUUCUGGCGCCGUCGCCGACCAGGAUUCCGACGAUAUCCACCUCAAAUAUGCUCCGUUUUCCCGUCGGGAUGCUUACGGCACCAUGGGCCGCGGGGAGCUGCCGUGGAUGGAGAAGGUGCUGCUCGGAAUGGCGCUCAUUACGAUCGUUCCAAUACGAGUGGUUUUUGGAAUGAGUUUGCUGUUUCUCUAUUACAUGAUUUGCAGAAUUUGUACGUUGCUUUAUGAUCCAAAUAGGGAGACGGAUGAGCAGGAGGAUUACGCGCAUAUGGUGGGAUGGAGGAGGUCCGUGAUUGUUUGGUCUGGAAGAUUCGUGUCCAGAGCUAUGUUAUUCGUGUUAGGGUUUUAUUGGAUUUCGGAAGUUAAUCGAAUCCCGCCGAAUGAGAACAAGUCAACUAACGAGAACGAGGGGCAAGAGAAUUCCCAAGAGUCUGAAAGACCGGGGGUUAUCAUCAGCAACCAUGUAUCAUAUUUGGAUAUUUUGUAUCAUAUGUCUUCUUCCUUUCCCAGCUUUGUUGCUAAGAGAUCAGUGGCUAAACUUCCUCUAGUUGGUAUUAUCAGCAAGUGCCUUGGCUGUGUUUAUGUUCAACGGGAGUCAAAGACAACUGAAUCCAAGGGUGUUUCAGGUGUUGUGAGUGAAAGAAUUCGAGAAGCUGUGAAGAAUAGCUCUGCUCCCAUGAUGAUGCUUUUUCCAGAAGGAACAACUACCAAUGGGGAGUAUCUCCUACCAUUUAAAACGGGGGCAUUUUUGUCGAAAGCUCCUGUUCUUCCAUUGAUUUUAAGAUAUCCGUAUCAGAGAUUUAGUUUGGCCUGGGAAUCAAUGGCUGGAGGGCGUCAUUUUUUACUUCUUCUCUGUCAAUUUGUAAAUCACUUGGAGGUAAUAAGAUUGCCUGUCUACGUCCCAUCACAAGAAGAAAAGGAUGAUCCUAAGCUUUAUGCUAGUAAUAUCAGAAGGUUUAUGGCCAAAGAGGGAAAUAUGCUGCUUUCGGAUAUUGGGCUCCCAGAGAAGCGUGUUUAUCUUGCUGCUCUGAAUGGUAUACCACGCCAAUGCUAAUUUGGGAUGUCAUCUGUAAAUUCUUGUAGAUGAUAAUUAUAUGGAAAACACCACAUCCACCACCAUCACCAUCACCGUGUGCAAGCAUUCAUUAACUAAUAUGUCGUCUCAAAUAAACUUGUUUGUAUGAUUUGUUUUCAUGGGAUUGUCAAUUUUCCCCGAGUAGCUUGUGUGCGUCCACGUGAGUCUCACACGUUUAGGACUUACAAUUUUGCUGAGGAUUCCUAUUCAUAUGUGAAUCUCAUCAUAAUUUGCUUUAGAGUCAUGACAUCCUGCAGGCUGAGCUUCUGUUACCAGUGGUUUAUGUUCAUGGAAUGCUGCUGCCUGCAAAUAUCAUCGUCGGGUUUCGACCCUUUUCUCCGGUA